GACGUCAUCGCCGCGGGGCGGAGGCGACAGCGACUACCAGAGGCUCAGCGUGCUGCCAAGGUGGCCGCGGGCUUCACAGGCAGCGUGAAUCCUGGUCGCCGUCCGUGUUCCGCAGGUGGUCCGCCCACGUCGAGUCCUGAGCGGAGAUGGCAGACGAUCUUGGAGACGAGUGGUGGGAGAACCAGCCGGCUGAAGCAGCCAGCAGCCCAGAAGCAUCAGAAGGUGGAGGAGAAGACACAGAAGCUAUGCAGCAGGAAACAGUUCCAGUUCCCGCACCAGCAAAGAAAACCAAACAGCCUAAAGAGUGUUUCUUGAUACAACCAAAGGAAACAAAAGAGGAUUCCACCAAGACCAGGAAAAGGAGAAAGAAGAAAAUUACUGAUGUUCUUGCAAAAUCGGAGCCCAAACCAGGCACACCUGCAGACCUACAGCAGCUGAUGAAGGACUAUUAUAGCAGCAGUCGUUCAGUGAUCGAAUUAGAAGAACUGAACCUGCCAGACUCCUGUUUCCUCAAAGCCAAUGAUUUGACUCACAGUCUUUCAUCAUACCUAAAAGAAAUCUGUCCUAAGUGGGUAAAACUUCGGAAAAACCACAGCGAGAAGAAAUCGGUCCUGAUGCUGGUCAUCUGCAGCUCUGCCAUCCGAGCCCUGGAGCUCAUUAGGUCAAUGACAGCAUUCAGAGGAGACAGCAAAGUUAUGAAAUUAUUUGCAAAACACAUAAAGGUCCAGGAGCAGGUAAAAUUGCUGGAGAAGCGUGUGGUGCACCUGGGUGUAGGAACUCCAGGGAGAAUUAAAGAACUUAUUAAACAAGGUGGCCUUAAUCUGAACCCCUUAAAGUUUCUGGUUUUUGACUGGAACUGGAGAGAUCAGAAGUUGAGGAGAAUGAUGGACAUUCCCGAGAUAAGAAAGGAGGUGUUUGAACUUCUGGAAAUUGGAGUACUCAGUCUGUGCAAAUCAGAAUCUUUGAAGCUGGGCCUGUUCUGAGUCCUAAUGAAGAUUCAAUUUCACAGUAGAAUUUGCAUCUUAUUUAGUGACUCUGACACAUGGCAAGCAGUCAGUAAACACCGGAAAUGUUUGAUGAGAAUUCUUUAACAGAAGUUAAUUUGUCCUUUCGCCAACUCCCUGUAUAAUAAAGUAUCCCUGGCUUCUGUAUGA